ACAUAUGAUUACACGCUGGAAGAAGAUGGGUCAGCACUACCUGUGGACCUUGCUCCUUUGCCUGCAAACCUAGACCACAGCAGCCAGGCUCUUGUGUCACCUCUUCCGUCCUUGGCAAUAUGAUCUGGGGAAAGAAAGACAUUUAAUUCUCGAACCUUCUGGAGGUUUAUGGUCGUCAUCCCUCAAAUCUCUUAGAGAUGUGGGUCUGUCUGGAAGCAGCUGGGAGUGACACAGACAUCCGGCCGGUGACUGGGAUCCUGGGGGAGUCGGUCACUUUCCCCCUAAACAUCCAACAACCACAGCAAGUUAUCAACAUCGCUUGGAAUUCUGAGACGUCUGUUGCUUUCGUCACGCCAGGAGACCCAGGAACAGCACCCAAAGUCACUGUGACCCACCAACAUUACAAUGACCGAAUAAAUGUCUCCCGCCAGAACUACAACCUGGAGAUCAGUAAUCUGGGGGUGGAAGAUUCGGGCAUCUACAGGGCUGACGUAAAUCUGAAGAUGGCUGAAACGACGGUCACAACCACCAGGCGUUACAACCUGCAAGUCUAUCGUCGGCUUGGGAAGCCAAAGAUUACUCAGAGUUUAAUGGCAUCUGUCAACAGCACCUGUAAUGUCACACUGACGUGUUCUGUGGAAGAGGAAGAAAGGAAUGUCACAUACAGUUGGAGCCCCUUGGGGAAAGAGGGUAAUGUCGUUCGAAUCUUCCAGACCCCUGACAACCAAGAGCUGACUUACACGUGUACAGCCUGGAACCCUGUCAGCAACAGCUCCGACUCCAUCUUGGCCCGACAGCUCUGUGCAGACGCGGCAGCAGGCCUCCGUCCCCGCCACACUGGGCUGCUGAGCGGGCUGGCCGUGCUCUUUCUGUUUGUUGUCAUUGUGCCUUCAGUGCUUCUGUGCCUUCUGAACAAAAGAGGACAAGGUUCCUACCUGAAGACCUCCAGGAAGAACUCUGGUAAGUUCUCAGCCACGCAGUUCCCCCUGGAUGACAACUGGGAGAGAUGAGUUCACGGCAGAUUGCUUAAGACUCAGCUUCUGCUUUGCAGACAGUCUGGGCGGAAGGUCCCAGGUGCGCUGGAGUAUGAAGGCC